AUGGAUGCCACCGAUGAUGUGACUGAUGACUUGCUUAGUUUCCCAGGUUUCAUCAGGCGUAAUUUAUUGUUGAUGCGUGAGUUGGAUGUGAAGUUCGUUUCACUUUUGAACGAUGCUAAAAAUCGAGAGAACGAUCUUCUUUCUACGUUUUCAGAUAGUCCACCUGAAGCUGCUACUGUAGCCGAACCUAAGUCAGAGCCCUCAACAGCUCCGGUUCGUCGUCAGGGUUCGGACGCCGAUAAGAGUUCUGGUCCAGCAAAAGGCCGUUCGAAACAGAAGCAAUCUGCAGAUCCUAAGGCUAAGAGCUCUGCUGCUGAUAAUAAGCGUCAAUGUCGUGGCGGUGGAGCUAGUGCUAGUGCAUCUAACGCAACUACACCUUCUCCUCCACCUGAUAAUGAUAGUGUCUCCUCGAAUGCUGGUUCUCCCAUUGUGAAUGCUACAACUCAGCAGGAGAUCGAAGCCAUACAGAGCCUUCGUAUGGAAGCUAUGUAUCUGAUGCAGGAGAAGUUGGCUAUCAACGAUCAGGUGGCGUGUAUGCUUAAGCAUGAGUAUGAGAACCUUAAGGUUCUCUUUGACAAUAUGUACCGUGAGAUGGAGACUACGGGUCAGAUGACAGAGAAAUUACGUAUGUCAUUUACUGUAAACAAAGCUAAACCGGCUAAAUCAAUUGAAGCUGUAUUAUCUACUACAGAGCAUGAGAUUUUGGGUGUGAGUGAGUCGUCUGGUGCUGCUACUCGUCAAGAAUCCUCUGAAUCCAAAACUCCUGCGACUAAAACUGGUGACUCACACAGCAAUGCUGCUAGUUCAUUGAAAGAUGAACCUUCUGAUUCAGUCGACUCUUCGAAGACCUGA